AUGACAGGCGUCUGGGAUUACGACCACCUUGGAAAGCUCGUUUUUGACCAGAAGCUCAAGGACAAAAGGCAAGGUUACAUUACGUUCGGCAAGAAUGCUUUAGUGAUUUACCUCCGGGCAGAAACCGCCGAAGCCUUCAACUGGCAUUGCAGAAUUGAUAUUGAUUAUGCUACUAUAGAGCACAUCGUUCCGUCUCGCGGCAAUGGCCAACACGGAACGAUAACAUUCACCCUCAAGUCUCCACCGAAGUUCUACGACAUUCAAUCGACCAAUGAUCUACACUUGUAUGCCGGUGAGCAAGCACCGAACGACAUCUCUGCCGCAUUGUCGAGACUCGGCAUCAAGCCGCCAAAAUCAGUUCUCCGGCUACAGAGGCUAUGCAAGUUGAGUAAAUCCCACGACAUGAACUCCGCUUUGUGUAUGGUCUACAAGAUCGCCUUCUCCGACACCCGAAGCGUUGAUCUUGCUUGGACCUUUGUUAAGCCCUUCUUCGCGGGACCUAACACAAAAUGGAUGAAGACCAUGGAGCCCACCGCUUUGACGGGCAGUAUUGAACACGAGUAUGCAGUCGUCAAUAAGAUGCUUAGCGACUGUGGACCAUCCUUUCCGCAGACCUUCACGUUCAAUAUCCGUUACCAACUGACAGCGCUUAUGCUAGAGGGUACAAUCGCCCCGUGGAAGAUGAUGGAACUGAUACCGGUGGUACAAAAUGCUGCUGAGAAGCAUGGUGCAGAACUCACCGCAAACGCAGUUCGUCUCCUUGGGAAGCGGAUACCAACGCCUACACCGGGGGUUAAGGCGGCAGAUCUUACUUCAAACGCAGUCAGUCGCAGAGGAAAGCGAAUACCAACGCCUGCACCAGCUGUCGAAGCGAAAAGCUUUAUGAUCAAGACCAUCAAGCGCAUUCUUGAUGAAAGCAUCGAAUGUUGUCAACGUCUUGAAGAGCUUUCCCGGACCUGGGACGUCAAACAAAAGAAGCAAAAUCACCUCGCCUUAACAUACAAGGCUACGGUCACACCUACCGGUAUCCUGCUACGCGGCCCUGACUGGGUCGUCUCCAAUCGUAUAUUGAGGAAGUACAAAACCCACACCCAGUUCUUCAUGCGCGUGUUCUUCGCAGAUGAGGACGAGUUGCCGGUAUUCCAUGACCCACGGGCAUCGCAAGAGAGAGUCUACGAACGCUUUCGAGGUGUACUUCGAACGGGUAUCACGGUUGCCGGACAUACAUUCCAAUUUCUCGGCUUUUCCCAUGCGUCACUCCGUACUCAUGAAGCUUGGUUCAUGGCUCCUUUCAAGAAAGAUGGCAUUAUCGUCUGUGCAAGAGAUGUUAUGACCAAAUACGUCGCCAAAGAAGAGUGGAGGGAUUUGGAAAUCUGUGGAGCUGCCUACAAGCCUCUCAGAGUGUAUCUGAACCACCAGUUCAUCAAGAUUCUCGAGGAUUUACGUAUACCUGCGGAAAACUUCAUGGCUGUCCAAGAUGAAGCUGUCACAGAACUGAAACUCAUGACGGAGCAUCCUCUGAACGCAGCUAGCCUUCUCGAGUACUUCCACUCGGGUGAUCUCGCGAGAGUCCCGUCACUGUUUCGGCGAAUGAAUGAGAUGGGUCUAUCAUUCCACGCGGACAGCUUCCUCACCGACAUUGUGGAAGUGGCAGCUAUGUCAAGUCUGAGGGAUAUCAAAUAUCGCGCGCGUAUUCCAAUCAAGAACGGCUACCUCCUUUAUGGCAUCAUGGACGAAUGGAAUAUUCUGAAAGAGGGCGAGGUCUACAUUCCGCUACAAGAUUACGAUACGAACGACAAAUUAAAGAGAACCAUACUCGUUGGCGAGCGAAUAGUCAUCACGAGAGCCCCUGCGCUACACCCAGGCGAUAUUCAGGUCGUUAAAGCAGUCGACGUUCCAGAAGGUUCGCCGCUCAGGGCACUGCACAACUGCGUCGUGUUCUCACAGCAAGGUCCGCGGGAUCUACCUUCGAAGCUAAGUGGCGGUGAUCUUGACGGAGACCUUUUUCACAUCAUCCACGACACUCGAUUGAUUCCGAGAAUCGUUUAUCAACCCGCUGACUAUCCAUCCACGCCGGCAAAGGAUUUGGGGCGGCCGGUAACUGCCGACGAUAUCGUUGACUUCUUUAUCGAAUACAUGAACAUGGAUCGAUUGGGACAGAUUUCGAACAAACACAAGAUUCGCGCUGAUAAGGCUCCUUUUGGCACUCUAGAUGCAGACUGCCUGCUUCUUGCCAAGCUCGCAUCCGAUGCCGUUGACUUUGGCAAAUCUGGGAUUCCUGCCAAAAUGACUCAGAUACCGCCGGGUUCUGAUCACAUCCGCCCUGACUUCAUGGCGCCAGGAUCGAACCUUAUCGUCAACGACUUGGGCGCAGCUGAACUCGAGGAGCUUGAGGGCGACGAGCUCGACGAAGUGAGUGUGCUAAAUGCUGAGAAACCAAGGAGUUCAUACUACACAAGCACAAAGAUCCUAGGCGUUCUGUAUCGGCGUAUCGACGAAAAGACGUUCUUCGAUAAGAUGAAGAAUGCCUACCGAACAUCUCACCAUCGCCGGGGUGAUGAGACGCUGGUGCAGAAACUCAAGCGAUAUGUGAUCCGAGAGACCCGUGGAGUACAAUGGGAACAUCAUUGGGAUUUCGCAGAACAACUCCGUGAAGCGUACGAAGAGAACAUGUUCGAAAUCAUGGACACACAUCGUCCGUCUCGAGGCUCACGUCUUACCGAGCUUGAGGUGUUUAGUGGUAACAUCCUUGGCAAGAAAGAUCGUGCACCAUCCCGCUACGUCCGCGAGGCCAACCUCGAGGUUCAAGAACGCUUCAAUCGCGAUGUCAGCGACAUGAUCAAGAGCAUAGUAAUGGGCGAUGGAGACUGGGACGAGGAUGCGGAUUCUGAGGCGUUGCCGCGCUCCAUUGCGUGCUUCAUGGUCGCGCUGGAGACGGAUGGUUGGGAGAACUACCGCACGUUGAGGAGCUGGAAGUACGUUGCUGCUGCGGUGUGCUUGGAGCAGUUGUGGAAGUACAACAACGGGUAUUUGCGCCGACUUUGA